CACCAUGGCGGCACAGCAAGCAGCGGUGGCAGCCAGAGAGGCAGCCGCGGGGAGAGGGAGGAAGGGGUGACGCAGAAGGAGGAGCGAGUGAGGGCGAGGAGGAGAGGGUGAAGGAGAGGGAGGAAGGGGUGACGCAGAGGGAGGAGCGAAUGGCUGAUCUGUGCCGCAGGGAGCAGCAGCUACACGCAAACCAGGUGAGGCAUGUGCAGCUACAGGCAAACCAGGUGAGGCAUGUGCAGCUACAGGCAAACCAGGUGAGGGAUGUGCAGCUACAGGCAAACCAGGUGAGGGAUGUGCAGCUACAGGCAAACCAGGUGAGGGAUGUGCAGCUACAGGCAAACCAGGUGAGGGAUGUGCAGCUACAGGCAAACCAGGUGAGGCAUGUGCAGCUACAGGCAAACCAGGUGAGGCAUGUGCAGCUACAGGCAAACCAGGUGAGGGAUGUGCAGCUACAGGCAAACCAGGUGAGGGAUGUGCAGCUACAGGCAAACCAGGUGAGGGAUGUGCAGCUACAGGCAAACCAGGCAGCGGUGGCGGCGCAGCAGAGGCAGGUGUUUGAGGUGGAGCGGGAGCUGGCGGGGCGGGAGAGGGCUCUGCAGCAGGCCUGGGCUCAGCACCGCCUGCACCUGCAGACCAUUGGGGGCGAGAGCAGAGAUGGUGGGGGCAAGAGAGGGGAAGUCGGGAAGGGAGGGGGAAAGGUGGAGGAGAGGCGAGGGUUGGCUGGGAAAGGGGAGCAGCAGGUGGGAAAAAAAGGGACAGAAAUGGAGGGGGAAGAUGAUGCAGGUGGUGCUGCGGAGGAAAGAGACGAGGAGCAGCAAAAGGUUGAGGAGGUUGGCAUGGAGUCAGACGCAGGAGGAGGGAGGGAUGCAGUGAGGGAUGGCAAUGAGGGUGUGGGAGGCCCCAGGGGGGCCGCAGAGGCAGAGAAAGAAAUAGAGGAAGAGAUGAGGUUAGGAGGUCAGGAUAGGGCUGUGACGGGGGGUGGAGGAGCGGUGCAAGAGAAGGGGUCUAAAGAGGGGGCGAUGGAGGGAGAGGGGAGGGACGGAAACGAGGCACGGGUUUUUGUGAACGUGAGAGAGGAGGCUGAGGGAGGAGGCGAGGGGGAGCAGCAGGGAGAGGAAGAGGGAAGGAAGGGAAGGGGGAGAAUGGGGAUUGGGAAAGGGAGUAUCGAACAGAGUGAAAGAGGAGAGAUGGGCGGAGGGAGAGAAGGCCGAGUUGAGAGAAAGAUUGAGGAGGGAUGGGGUGGGGGAGGGGAAGGUGCAUGGGGAAGCGAACAAGAGGAGGAAUUAGGAGGUGAGAGAAAAAGAUGGAGAGCGGAAGGAGGAGGAGGAUGGGGAGUGGAUGGGGGGGGGGAUGACAGGAGGAGCGAGCGAGAGUGGAUGGGGGCGAGGAGGUGGGGAGAAUCAGUGGGGCAGGGAAGGAGCGAGGAGGGAUGGGCAAGGGGGUAUGGUUCGUGUGCACAGGGGAGGUCAGGAUGGGGCAUGGGGGAGAGUAGUUUGGCUCAGGGGAGGGGUGAGGAGCAGCAGAAGGGGGAGCAGCAGGGCGAGGAUGGGUGGGAGGGGGGUGCGGACGCGGGAAGGCCAGGGGAGAAUGGGAGGAAGAAGAGGAGGGCCAAGGCGAAGAGGCAGAGGCAGGAGCAGCUGCUCACGUGUGGACUCAACUGGGGUCGUGCAAGCGCAAGCGGGCAAGGCGAGGUGUUCACGGGGGCUCCCCUUCCUGCAGCAUCAGUGUUGCCAGUUGGCCGUGCGAGGGACGCGGGAGAGGGGGAAGGAGCAAGGGCGGAGUCAUGUGGGCAGGCGGGAGGGCACCAAGUUGGGGGGGGUCAGAGGAGGCCGAAGCAGGAGGAGGAGGAGUGGGAAGGGUUGGGAAUGGGCGUGCAGGGUGAUGGUGAUACUGGGAGCAUGCUGCUGAACUAUAGUGCUGCUGCUGAGCCAGGAGCCUCUGGACCAGCAGCAGCAACAACGGGAGCACAAGUGAAGGUCGAAGCAGUGGUGACUGUAGAAGCAGGCACAGCACAGGCAGCAGCAGCAGAGGCAGUUGCAGACGUGGCAGCAGGUGUGGGGACGGGCGCGCAAGAGUGCAGGGUGGCAGUGAAAAUGGAGGCAGUGGGUGGAGAUGCAGAGAUGCAGGGAGGAGGCCGUGAGGGCUGGACGUGGGAUGGGUGUGGUGGAGGUGUGGCGGGAACAAGGCAAGGAUUGGGAGCGUGGAGAAGGAAGCAGAAGAGAAAGAGGAAGGCAGCUGCCAAGGCAGCAGCAGCGGAAGCAGGGACGAGCGAGGCCAAGGAGGCAAAGAGCUCUGCCACUUCUCUCUCCUCUCUUCUGCACUCCCCACUUCUUCUUUUCCCCUUCUGCCUCUCCUCGUGUGCACUUGCACCUGUCGUCUUCCUAGAUAGCCAAUCGCAGCCAGCAGCAUCAACUCACCUGCUCAACCCAACAACACCAUCUCCUCUCUGUGUUCCUCGAAACAGCACCGUCUCCACCUGUUCCCUUUCUCUCCCGCCCGGCCCCAUCCUCCCCUGCCCCCCUCUCACCUCCUUUCUCCCUCUCCUCUUGCCUCCCUCUACCCCCACCAAUCAGCCACGGCACAGCAGCGGAAGCGCUGGAGUCAGACGCACCGGGGCUGCUGCAGCUGUGGCAACGGGAUGGCGGGGCAGAGGGGGGAGAUGGGGGUGGAUGGGGUGGAUAGGGUGGAUGGCGAGGGGCAGGCAAGGUGUAAGAUGGGAGUGGGAUGAGGGAGGGGUGGGUGCUGGGCCUGGCGUUUGGACAGAGCUGAGUGCACGCACUCUGCUCUACUCGCACACGUGGGAGCGCCUGCCAGGGCAGGUGGCGGGGGUAGGGGGCGGAGCAGGAGCAUGGAAUCGGCCAGCGUACUGCGUGGAGAACCUCGUCGCUCUCAUCACCCAGGUGUGUGCUGCUGCCUGCCUGCUGUUUGAGUCGACUCAAAAAGGAAGGCGAAGGGUGGAGCCGCAGGGUGGAAUCGCCCGGCGUACUGCGUGGAGAACCUCGUUGCCCUCAUCACGCCGGUGUGUGUGUGCUACUGCCUUAGUGCGAUACUGGAUAGAUAGUACAAGUAUCAAGCAGUGUUCCGUCAUGCUAUUCUUGUCCGUCUCUCCCCCUCCUCCCUCACCCCUCUACCAACCCUCUCCCCACCCGUCCUUUUCACCACCCCCUGCCACCCCUAUCUCUCUCCGCUCAGGCGCACGCCGCGUGCAGCAGGCGGGGUGGCAGGUGUCGUGGGCUGGUGUGGGGCCAUCCGCUGCUUCUCUUUGUCUUCCCAGACCCACAACAGGUGAGUGGAAUGACAAAGCCACAACAGCCUUACAACCUGAUUCAUCCGACUCAGAAAUCAUCUGCCUUCGCAACCUCCUCUCCUCCCUGGACCCCAAUUCCUGGCCCCACUGCCCCCCUAUACCCCCAACCACACGGCUGCCCGGAAGGAUCAUAUUGGAGGAACCAGAGUAUGGCAGAACAACCCACUUCACCAGCCCUCCCAAGCCUGACCAUCCUCCCUCCCUGCACAUCUCCCCUGGACCUGUUGCCCGGCAGGAUGAUAUUGGAGGCGCCAGAGUACGUACGGCCGGCAAGGCCAUCUACUUCUUUGAGCUGGAGGGGUGGAUCAUAUUGGAGGCGCCAGAGUACGGCAAGGCGACCUACUUCUUUGAGCUGGAAGCGGGGGUGGCGGUGCGCUGGCAGCUGCAGCGCCUGCUCGCUGUCUUUGGCGCCGCCUCUGUGUCGCGCAUCGACGUCAUCACCAACCUGCCUCUUGAGGUCCACACCUCUCAAAUUGCUGCCCACCUCGUGUGCCUCCGCAGUCCCAUACCUCCCCUCACUUCCCUCUUCCUUUCUGCCACUUUUGAGAAUGAUAAAAAGCGUCUCUUCCUUUCUUCCCGCCAGGUGGGAGUGGACCUAUCGGAGGAGGAGGCGGGGCGGUUGGAGCGGUACGGGUGGGUGCGGGGCACGGGCAUCGGCGAGCUCCUCAACUUCUGCCACCGCCUCCGCCACGACUACUCCUUCCCUGGCGUGGGGCAACGGAGCUCGGAGGAGGGGCGAGAGGUGGAGGCAGCAGGGUGGGUGCAGAGCAUAGAGGAGUGGAAGAGGCGCAUUGCCCUGCGGCUGAGGGAGGGGCGGCAGCAGGGCCGGUGCUCCCGCCUGCACCGCUACUGCCAGCAGCGUGCCUCACAGCACACUCAUGCUCUCAAAAGUGGUCUGCACAAUGGUCUGCAGGCCGAUGGGCACGGGGUGUUUGAUGCGAGCAGAGGGUCUGUUGGGGCUGCCGUGAUGCCGUCAACUCAGAAGUUCCCGGAAACUGCUGUAGCAGCUGGAGUCACUCCUAUGGCUGCCCCACUGCAGCAGAUUGACUGCAGUGCUGCAGGUGCAGACAGCAAAAGCAAUGUGUUGUGCCAGAGGACGGAAGAGGCUGGAGACAAAGAGGGCGUUGACGCCGCCCGCGAGGAGGCACAGAGGCUGCUUAUAGCGGGAAUGGAGGCAUGGGAAGGGGUGGAUGCAAGGGGUCCUCUGACGAGUGGGUGGGAGGAGGAGGAGGAGGAGGAGGAGGAGGAGGAGGAGGAGGAGGAGGAGGAGGAGGAGGAGGAGGAGGAGGAGGAGGAGGAGGAGGAGGAGGAGGAGGAGGAGGAGGAGGGAGUGAUGGGUGGAGAGGUGGAAAUGGCAGGUGAAGGAGAAAUGGGAGAGGGCGGUGGGGAGAUGGAGGGGCUGGCGAUGCAGGCUGGGAUGUGCAUGGCAGCAAAUGUCGUGGUUUGA